AUGGUUCCAGGCAUCCUCUUCGGACUCGUUCUGCUACCUGUGCUGGCAUCGGCGGCAGCUAUACCUUCAAAUAAUGUAACAAAAAUCGCCCUGAACCGCAAUGUGCUAUUCAGCAACUCCGGUGUUGCCAAUAUCCCAGCGCUAAGACAACACCUUGGUAACGUAGUCAAUAAAUAUCAACAUGGCUUCUCAAAUUUCCAGAAGAACACUGGUCACCCUCAUCCCCUUUCAGUUGGGAGCUUCUUUAGGCAUCUAUUCGGUGGUCACCGCUUGAAGCGUGCAGAAGGGAAUGUGCCUUUGAGUAAUUUCCAGUCCGGCGCGGUAUGGAGUGGAGCAAUAUCUGUCGGUACGCCUCCAGUAACUUACACGGUCGAUUUUGACACAGGCAGGAGAGCCGUUGCUCAGCAAUCGAUAUAUUCUAAUAAUUCUGUAGGUAGCAGCGACCUCUUUCUCCCCGGGGCGAACUGCGACAGCACCUGUGCCGGUCAUACGCUGUAUAACACUGCAAGCAGUUCAACUGCGGUCGACCAAGGGCAAACCUUUAGUCUGGCCUUCGGAGACGGGUCUUCGGUGACAGGCGAGGUCUUCGUGGACACGGUGACCAUCAGUGGCUUGACAGCAACCGGGCAGGCGGUAGGAGCUGCAAAUCAAUAUUCCUCCAGUUUCGAGGUCAGCCAGUUCCCCGCAGAUGGGCUAAUGGGCAUGGCGUUUCAAUCAAUCUCGGCCUUCGACCAGAGCCCGGUAUUCCAGACUUUGAUUAACCAGGGACAGACGACUUCUCCUGUAUUCGGUUUCAGCUUAACCAGCACCGGAGGGGAGCUGACCAUCGGUGGCGUUGACGGCACGCAGUUCGCUGGCACGUUGACGCAGGUGCCGGUCACGCAGCAGGGAUAUUGGCAAGUUGACCUAGCCGCGGUGAAUGUGAACGGCCAGGCAACUGUGACAGGUGUAUCCGCCAUCAUCGACACUGGCACAUCUCUGGUCCUCGGUAAUACAGCUAACGUCGCCCAGUUUUACGCCGCCAUCCCUGGUUCCGCGGACGCAACUAGUACAGUCGGAGCCGGCUUCUUCACAGUUCCUUGCGCCUCCAUUCCUUCUGUGAGCUUGACUUUCGGCAGCACAGCGUUUCCUAUCAGUGCGGAUACGUUCAACCUCGGUCAAGUAUCCGCAGGUUCUGCGGAUUGUGUGGGCGGGAUGGUGGCCAGUGAUCUUGGAUCAUUUUGGGUUGCGGGAGAUGUUUUCCUCCAAAAUGUCUACACCUCAUUCGACAUGGGGAACAACCAAGUCGGCUUCGCCGCACUUGCGUGA